AUGAAACAUUUAGAGCAGCCGUUUCCGGAGGAGAAUCUAUCAAUCACCUUCAGAAACGAAACAGAGUUUCCCAAGUCGGUAAGAAAAGACCCUGGCCCAAUCCCCAUUGAUCUACUGAUCGAUAUACUCUCACGACUCCCUAGAAAGUCCAUAGAUAGGUUUCGUUGCGUAUCGAAAUUCUGGGGAUACAUACUCCGUCGUCCUGAUUUCACUGAGCUGUUUCUGACCAAUUCUUCCACUCGCCCACGCAUCCUUUUCAUCGUAGAAGCUGAUGGCAAGUUAUUAUUCUACUCUUCACCUCAGCCUCAAACUCAAACUCAAGAUGACAACUCUACUCUUGUAGCCACACGUUAUCAUACGUCUUUUCCCAAAUAUCUUCCAUCUGAUGAAUUUUCUACAGUCUGUGGAUUGGCCCUUCUUCAUAAUUAUUAUAAAAAACAGGGGCGGGUGUUUUGUAACCCUAUCACGGGAGAGUUCCUAACCUUACCCGAAGUGAAAGUUAACCUCGACACAGAAGCAAAAGAGGAAAUGGCAAGAAUCGGUCUUGGAAAUGAUCCGAUCAGCAAACAAUUCAAAUUGUUGUGUAUGACCUCGUCACCUUGUGACAGACCCACUACUUAUCAGGUUUUGACAUUGGAGCCUGAAAAACGUUUGUGGAGAAGGGUCGAAUGCGGAUUCCAUUUUACAGGGAUUAGAAGAAUGUCAGAUGAAAUAUGCAUAAAUAGUGUUUUGUAUUUCAGAGCUUGGUUGGGACAAUCUUCUGUGGUAGUUUGUUUCGACGUUGGGUCUGAGAAGUUUGACUUUAUUAAGAUAGAUGAAGAAGACAUAGUAGGAGAAGUUGGUUAUUAUUUUUCUGGUGGUAUGGUUUUGUUCAACUACAAAGGUAAAUUAUGUAUACGUCAGGAAACAGAUUAUUGGAAGAUAGAAGAUGAAAUUGUGUUGUGGGUUGUAGAAGAUGCUGGAAAUCACAAAUGGUCCAAGCAUACCUACGAACUGCCUACUUUAAUCAGCAGUAAACAGUUUGUUGGAAUGACUGUUACAGGUGAAACCGUCUGGUCGUCGUACAAGAACGACCCAAAGCCUUUCUUCCUUGACUUCUACAAUCUCGAGAGGAAAACUUGUACAAGAGUCGAUAUUCAGGGAUUUGAAGAGUUUAAGCGUCGUACUAUUCAUAUACUUUUAGACUAUGUGGAGAAUCUGAGGUUUAUCUAA